UAUCAUGGUUCAUUUAUCUUUUUAUCGAUCACAGUUUUGGUAAAUUCUAAAAAUGGGUAAUUUUUGGUCAAACACAGAUGCUAAUGAAAAUCAAGAAAAUUCUUCAUCUCAUCAUUAUUAUUAUUAUCCUCCAAAAAAUGGAGCACGUUAUUUUGGCUCAACAUUUAUUAUGGGAAAUGAUAAAUUUGAAAUGACUCAACCAGAAUCAUAUCUAUUUGGUGAAAAUUGUGACCUCAAUUAUCUUGGUGGAAAGCCAAGUCCAUUUCCUUAUGCAGCCCCUUUUCCAAAUGAACCGAUGCAAAUGCUCAGAUCAUUGAUAAACAUUCGUAAAGAAACUGCCAAACUCAUCAGUCCUGAUAAUGGAAUCGAUAAUGUUUCGGAAUCGAAUUAUAAGAUCGAAUUUAUAUUUGAUUCCGAUGUUGAUUGUUCAAUAACGGUUUAUUUUCUUUGCAAAGAAGAUAUCUCGACACAAGGCAUUAAAUACAUUCCAAAAGAUAAUUCGUAUCGUUCGGAAACAUUCCACUAUAAAGCUGGAAUUGGACAAUUAUUUUCGCAAAGUUCACCCGUCUUUAAUCCACAAAAUUAUAAUAUUUGUGAUCUAAUCUAUAAUAUACUCGAUGAUAAAAGUGAAUUUAACGUGGCUGCCCUUUAUCCAUUGGUAAUCAAUUGUGUGGCCGAUGAAGGUGAUGAGCCACGACAAUCACAUUCAUUAAUUGCAAUUAUUGAAAAAGUUUAUGAUCAAAUCUUUUCAUUAAAACCGAUCAAACAGAAAAUAUUUGUUGAUGGUCUUACCUAUCUUUUGCAAGAAAUUUAUGGUAUCGAGAAUAAAGCUGAUAAUAAAAACGAUAAAUUGAAUGGUGAACAGGAUGAUCAAGAUAAAUCCUUCGAAUGUGUCAUAUGUAUGAGUGAUUUACGAGACACAUUGAUUUUACCAUGUCGACAUUUUUGUGCUUGUUAUAGCUGUUCUGAAUCAUUAAGGUUCCAGACUAACAAUUGUCCUAUUUGUCGUGUUCCAUUUCGGGCAUUGUUACAAAUUAAAGCUGUACAACGCAUAUCGGCUGCUGAUUCAGCAUUAGCAGCGAAUAAUAACGCUUCAGGAACACUAAUCAAUUCAAGGCAACAACAAUCAAUCAUAUCAUCUGAUGACAUUCUUAAUGAUGUAAUGAUCGACAUACCGCCUGGUUAUGAGACUAUUCCCUUGGUUGAAGCGUUAAAUGGACGAUCACAAUCACAAUUAUUGGAUCGUACAAUUUUUGAUGUUCAGACGAAAAAUCAAUCAUCGAAUAAACCUAUCAUUGAUAAUGGUGAGCACACAACGAAUUCAAAGACGAAUAAAAUAGUAAAUCAAAGUGAGGAUAUGGACGAUAAUAAUAAAGAUGCAGACAAAUCAUCGAUGAAUUUCAAUUCGACUCAACCAAAAGCCCCACUAACUGAUGAUAAUGCCAGUGCAUCAUCAUCAUCAUUAGGAACGGUUCAAGAAAAUGCACAAUUAUUGGAAAAACAAGCAUUAUUAAUGUCAACAUCGUCGGUGAUGAAACAUUGUGGUAACAAUUGUCGGAAAUCAAUAACUGAGAAAAAAGAUGACGAAGAAAGUUCUAUUACUAAUAACAAUAAUGCUACGAUACGACCGAUUUGAAUUGAGUAUUUAUUGCAUGAUUUCAAUUUCUUGUUUAUAAACCAAUGAUUUCUAAUGGAUCACCAAUAAAAAUUUUUCCAUUC